AUGUCCUGCAGCCCCUCAAGGGAUGGCGAAAGUGGGGAUCGUCUCGGGGAUCGUGAAGGGGAUCGUCUCCAGAUUGGGGAUCGCUUUGGGGAUCGUCUCCAGACCCACAGCGAGGGCUGGGGGAAGCAGCAGCUGCUGCCCCCAGCUGCUGCUGCCCGCAGAAGCAGCAGCAGCAGCAACAGCAGCAUCAGCAGGCGCCUCGCCGUAGAAGCAGACACGCAGCAGCAGCAGCAGCAGCAGCAGCAAGGGGACGAAGCUGCUGCUCACCCAGUGGACGCGAAUCUCUCCGAGGCAGCUGCAGCAGCAGCAGCACCAGGAGCAGCAGCAGCAGCUGCUGCUGCUGCUCCUCAAGGCGAUUCGGAGUUGAAAGAAGCGGCUGUGGAGCCCGCAGCAGCAGCAGCAGCAGCAGAUGCAGCAGCAGCGACAGCAGCAGCUGCAGCACCAUCUCUUGAGGUGGCUUCUUUAGGCCAUCCGUUAGCUGCUGCUGUUUCUGAGUCUCUCUUGUCUUCCAGCCAGGAGCGUGAGCUGCAGCAGCAGCCAGCAGCAGCAGCUGCUGCUGCUGCAGCAACAGCGGCGGCAGCAGCAGCAACCGCUGCUAGCGCGGCAACAGCAGCAACAGCAGCAACAGCAGCAACAGCAGCAGCAGAGAAGCGGCAAGGAAGCAGACACACUUCUUCUGAAGUUGAAAGAGGCCGCAAGCGCAGCGAUCACAGCUCGCUGCUGCUGCCUGCUGCUGCUGCUGCUGCUGCUGCUGCUGCUGUGAGUGAAGGCCCAGUGCUGCCCUUGAACGUGUCUUCUUUAGAAACAGCAGCAGAGACUGCAGCAGCAGCAGCAGCAGAGACUGCAGCAGCAGCAGCAUCUGCGUGCUUUAAUUCAGCGCCUCCUUUGUCUGAGGGGCCCCCGGAGGCAGCAGUUGCUGCCUCAAAUGCUUCAUUGCUGCGGCUGCCGCUGGAGUGCAUCGACAGCUCAGCAGCAGCAGCAGCAGCAGCGGGAGGGCCCGAGAGCAGCAGUGCGCUGCUGGCGCUGGGGGCCCCGGGGGCCGCGGGAAGCAGCAGCAGAGGUGGGGAGACAGCUGGGGAGCAGCAAAGGGGAACUUUGCUGCAGCAAAACAGUUUAGAUUCUGCUGCUGCUGCUGCUGCAGCAGCAGGCAGCAGCAGCGCCGACAGGGCCGAGGCGCCUUUCUCCUACACGGCUCUGUUUAGGAGGUCCUUCUCGGCCCCCAGCCUUUGCGGCGCCGAGACCCGCAUAGACCCUGAGGGGCCCCUGGGGGCCCCCGGGGGGCCCCCGGGGGCCCCCGGGGGCCCCGUGGGGGGCCCCCCUGGGGGCCCCCGGGGGCCCCUGGGGUCCGGGGGGUUUGUGGAGAUGGAAAUGCUGCGGCAAGGGUGGGGCCCCUAUGGGCCCCUCGCGGGCUUCAUGCUGCACUGUUUUGCUGCUAGUGAUUCUGCUGUAACUGGAAGCGAGGAGGGAGCAGCAGAAGAGGCGCUGCAGCAGCAGCAGGGGCGCAGCAGCAGCAGCAGCAGCAGCAGCGGCAGCAGCAGCAGCAGCAGGGCCUCCUCCAUCUCCGCAACUUCCCCCAGGAGAGGCAGCGAAGCAGAAUACGAAGCAGAAGAUGAAUUGACAGCCACGAGGCAGCAGGGGGGCCCCCGAAGGGGCCCCCGGAGGGGCAGGCUGAGGGAGCAGCAGCAGCAGCUGCUGCUGCAGCAGCAGCAGCAGCAGCGGCAGCGCCACAACCAGGACAGGGCGCUGAGGCGGUCCUUCCGCUCCUCCGAAAGCCCCAGCCUCGAGUGGCAACACAGGCAGCAGCAGCAGCUGCUGCAGCAGCAGCAGCUGCUGCAGCAGCAGCAGCAGCAGCAGCAGCAGCAAGACACGCAGCAGCCCGUACCUGCUCCCUGGAGCCCCCGCAGACACAGGAGAAGAGACAGGACCCGAAUUGGGGCCUCCCCUCCCACUUCCUCCGCCUCGGGGGCCCCCCAGGGGGGCCCCCCGGGCCGCGCGGGGGCCCCCCUGGGGGGCCCCCCGGGCCGCCCGGGGGCCCCCCUGGGGGCCCCCCCGGGCCGCGCGGGGGCCCCCCGGGGGCUUCGAGGGGCGACGGCCAGCAGGCGGCCCUCGGCGCUGAGUGUGGGGAAGCCGAGUUACAGCAAGGGGGGCCCCCCAAACCCUGAAUAA